AUGUUUGAAAUAGUCACUAACCUUGAAAAAAUAGAAAGAGAAACCAGGGCGAACGAAAAUUGCAUAUGUAAAGAAUACAUAAAAUCGGAAACAGACAUCAGCAACAUCGAGUAUAUCCUGAAGAACAAAGAAUUUCAAAAACCAAACCCAGACUACAUCAUCAGGCAGACCUUUGAAGAAUUCAAAACACAACACCCCAAUUAUAACAUCUGGGCCACUGAUGGUUCAAAAUCAAAUAAUACAGCAUUUUCUAUCUAUAUCAAAAAGGAAGGAUUAAAAAGGAAAAUAAAAAUCCCACCCAUCUGUUCAGUUUACACGGCGGAACUAGGGGCUAUCUGGUACGCUGCAAAAUUCCUUAUUAAAAAUGACUCCCCAAAUAUUAUUUUAUCCGAUUCCCUAAGUGCCAUUACAGCACUAAAAGAAGAAAACGAAAAUGAAGACCUACUGGUAUACAACACAAGACACCACUUAUCGGAACUCUCAAAAAAGAACAAAACCAAAAUAGUAUGGGUCCCUGGGCAUAAGGGAAUUCCAGACAACGAAGAAGCGGACAAACUAGCCAAAGAAGCAGAGUCAUGCUCCCAGACACCUAUGUCUCCUAUCUGUACAUGGAAUGACACGCGAAAUUAUAUAAAAAAAGAGAGGAAUAAAGAGUUGCAAAUCAUAUGGGAGAGAUCAAAAUAUUUCUCCAAAUACAAAAAUAUUGUAAACUCAACCAAUGAAAAGUAUAAGUGGAUUAAGAACAGAAGCGAAGAAACAAAAUUGAAUAGAAUCCUAACCGAUUCCUUCUUAACUAAAGAAAAACUGUUUAAACUAAGGAAAUCAAAUACCCCCAUCUGCGAGACCUGCCAAAAAAUUGAAAAUACCCAGCACGUAAUAUGGAAUUGUAGCAAAAACAUUGAACAAAGGAACUUUAUUAUAAAAACUAUAAAGGCUAAUAACUUAUGUUCAAAUGACAUUUUUAGUCUGGAUUUGCUUAGGGAUCCAAGAUACGGAAGGGCUAUCCUCGCCCUCUUCUGA